CUUUGUUUGCUCAUGCCGUGAGGGUGAGCAUGGAUCUCGUCACUCAGGUAAGUAAAAGAACAUACUCUGCGAAAUAACCUGCAUAAACUGCUUAUUCCUUAUGAUUGAAAAUGGCUAGGGACGUCGAGGUCGACAUCAUCAUCCAGCAUGAGUUUUUCAUUUCUGUUCGGUUGUUUUGUACCUACUUAUUUCAAAAAAUGGAAUUAGCUUGCAACGGCAAAAUAAACUCUAUCAGGAACAUCAAACCAAAGUCCUGAAGAAGACUUCCACCGCGACGAACA